AUGGUUGUUGUUGCUCGUUUAACAUCAACUUCACCCAGAUCAAGAAAGCCUUUGAUUAUUCCACUUUUUACUUUUGUGAAGGAAACCCAUGACCGUGUUCUCCGACAUGUCUUCCAAGUAGGAAGCAGAAAAACUCUCGUUGAUUGUAAAUCAUUUAUCACUAUAUUCAUUUCAAAAUUGGUGCUGUAUACGACUAACAUCUCAAAACAUCAAUUUCCACAACUAGAUUCUUUAAAAGAUGAAUUGAUUGAUGAGGAUUUAACUACAUAUCGCAACUAUUUACAAUCACUGAACGAUGACAUGGUGGAGCGAUUUCAAGAUGUUAUUGCGCUGAAUAUUCCAAAUUGGUAUAGCAAUCCGUUUGAGCUCGUUGCAGUUGAUUGCGAGGACGACGUUCAUGAGGAAUUGAUAGAAUUACGAAAUGACAAUGACACCACAAUGCAAUAUAGCUGUAAUGGCAAAGAAGGUUUGUGGUACCAUCAGAAUAUAUUAAAAUCUUACCCCAAUCUGUGGAAACACCUGAAAUUACUUUUGCUUGCGUUCCCUGCCUCGUACCUGGUUUUAGCCAUGUUGGAAAUUUACUUUUCCAUAAAAUAA